ACUCAUAAACAGAACGGGUCCCUUUAAAUCGUCCGUGGAGUGAAGCAGGUGGGUGUUCCCCUGCGCAAUACAGCACUGUCACUUUUUACGGAAAUUUGAGUCUAGUCCUCGACGCUUUAUCGAAAUGCUGCAGCUGAAUGACAGCGUAGAGCCCGAGAGCCCGGGUGCGGCGGUCUUACACCCGGGGGACUGUGAUGAUGGGCUGGAGGUGGUGGCCCGAGCUGGAGCCUCGGUGGCCUGCUGCACCCCGCUGCAGACCCUCACGCCUUUCCAUGUCCACAACCCAACCAUGCGAGCCAAAGUCAAGGAUUAUUUCGUCUUCAGGCCAGGAACCAUCGAGCAGGCAGUCAAUGAUAUCCGCACGGUUGCCUUGCCUUCAGAAGACGGAGAGGUUCUGAGCGUGUGGCUGCUAGCUGAAAUCGAUCACUGGAACAAUGAAAAAGAGAGACUGGUUCUUAUAACUGAGAGGUCUUUGCUGGUGUGCAAAUAUGACUUCAUAAACCUCCAGUGUCAGCAGGUCGUCAGAAUUUCCCUGAACGCUGUGGACACCAUCUCAGUCGGCGAGUUUGAGUUCCCCCCAAAAUCCCUCAACAAGAGAGAGGGAACCGGUAUCCGUGUCCAGUGGGAUAAGCAGCCAAGACCUUCGUUCAUGAAUCGCUGGAACCCGUGGUCCACAGACAUACCCUACGCCACCUUCACCGAACACCCAAUGGCACACGCAGAUGAAAAGGUGGCCUCCCUCUGCCAGCUUGAGAAUUUCAAGACGCAGCUCGUCCAGGCUGUGAAAAAAGCCCAUAAAGACUUCCCCAUCCCGGGACGAGCCAAUGGCGUGCUGAUACUGGAGCGGCCGCUCCUGAUCGAGACUUACCUAGGCAUCAUGUCCUUCAUCAACAAUGAAGCCAAACUGGGCUACGCCAUGACAAGGGGAAAAAUCGGCUUUUAACUCCUGAAUUCUCCUUCCAUUUCUCUCAUCCUCCAGUCAAGUGCUGUUUUUGAGUGAUACUGCUACACUUGAGUAUGUGAGUCCAGUACAUACUGCUUGUUUUGAUGUAUAGAGCGUGUGAAAUGUGCCAGGCAGUGAGAUGAGUGGUCACUGGAUGAAGCCCUCUUCCUCUAUUGACGUGGUAAAAAGAGCCUUUCUAACAUGUUCGAAUGGUUUAGAGAUGCAGUGUGUGUGUGUUACUGGCAACGAUUUAUUGACCAUUGAUCACUUUCGUUUGGAACCUCCCUACAAAUGGUGUCCCCUUCCAGAAGUGCCCUUCAAGGGUGCCAAAAAGCCAUUUGGAAUUCACCCAAAAACUCACAAUGCUUGCCCCGCCUCCGGGGUCUUCUGAUUGGUCCAUUGUUUUGGAACUGAUGUUAAUGAGCUGCGCUGUGUAUAAAACGUGGCGCUCUUGCGAGACACUUCUAAAAUAUUGCAUAUGUUGCAUUCUGAACAUGUACUUGGACUUGGAAGUCAGUCCAGGCAAGCAUUACCCAAAAGCAUCGUGAGCUAAGUUGAUCAUAAAGACCAAUGUUGGUGCCAACGGUUCUACGAUAAACUUGGGCUUACAAUGCUUUUGGGUGAUGCAACCCAGAUCUUUUAAUUUGUAUUUUGAUGUAGUGUAAAUUUGUUAAUCCGAGUGUAAUGGAUUAAUGAAAAUUGACAAAAAAUAGUGUGGUAAUUUGGUUCUAUGCAUGUGUUGCUUUUAUUUUGAGAAGUGGGUGUUUUUAGAGACGGGUUUAAGUGCAACAGAUGAUAUGAGAAGUCUGCUCACUGGAAGGUUCAGUUAUGACAUUUUAAUUUAACAAUAUAAGCUCAAAAACAAUAAAUAAAAUAAAAUAAAUUGAACCAUAUGCACAGAUUAAAUAUUCACAGUAAUGAUCUAUAACAUGCAUUUAGAAUAUAGAUUUCCAUUUCAUGCCAACUCAAUAAAUACCAUGGAGUUAAAAUGGCGUACUUCAUGAAACACAACCAGAACAAAUUUCUGGGAAUUUUUCAGUUGAAUGUAUUCCAUGUUCACAAUACAAAACACAACCAAAAAUAAUGUUUUUUUUUUUUGUUUUUUUAUGAAUGAUUUGCAUGGAAGUUUGUUCUGUUUGCUUCAUGAAUGGGGUCCAAUGUGGGCUAAAAGGGUUUUAAAACGUGUCAGAGAAAAACUGCAUGCCUUCUGAACUGCACUACUAUUAAAUAAAAACUAAGACUUCCAUUAAGUUAAAUAUAUUUAUUUUCCUCAGGACUGCAGUGCUUUUAUAAGGUUUGAAACUCUUUGAAUAAAGUUGAUUUGGACUGUUACUGAAGUUAACAAUCUAGGUUUUCUUACAUAAAUUAAAUCUCUUCAUCAUUUUAGAAUUAUUUAGAUCUAGACCCUUGGGCCCUUUAAAUUCAAUACAAUCUGCAUUCGUCUUUGCAAAAUGAAACCCCAAAUAAUGUUUCGCAUAAAGAAAAUGAAGCUCAAUUCUCAUUAAUGCAAUGUGGUAAAAAUAUUUUCUUUCUCAUUACUGUAACAAAAAAGUAAUAAAUUCCGUCUGAAAACAAUGACUAUUAAAUCAAUGGAAUCUGAAUUAUUAAAAUCGAGCAGGAUUUAUAUCCCAAACAAUGCGACUAAUAUGAGGUCAAAUUGCAAUUUAUGCAAUGUGUGAAAUAUUUUUUGUAAUACUGAACAAAACCAUAUUGUCAGCAUUAUCUCAUCAGAUAUAACGCUGGCUUAAGGUAACACACCAAAAACCGUGGAAAUAUAGACAGGGGACGUGUCCACAGGAAGCACCUGCCUGACAUGUAUUUUCACACACUGUUCUUAUUUCAAAAUCAAUUCCAGGUCUAAUUGUGGCUGCUGUAAACUCAUGAAAUGUAGCGUACUACUGUUACAUGUGCUUCAUGUACAAGUCUUGCUUGUGUGCUUUAUCCAUAAUUCAUGCCUCAUUUAUUUAACCUAAAGGACAAUGUUUAAGUCCUGCCAUAUUUACAGAAAGUUGAAAUGAAGUUUACCAAGGCAAACAGAAAGUGUAUGUUUGAUGCUGUUUAUUCCUCAGGUGAUGUUGGUCAACAGAUUGGUUUUGUUUAAGGAUGCAUGACACGGCGGGACGUUCUGACCCUGAAGGUUUCCUGCUGUUGAGCGAUUACAGGUUCAGAGACUUUUUUCAUGGAAAUGCAAUUUUGUCGGCCAUUUUCUUUUUUUUCCUUUUUUGUGGCUAUACAUAGAGAAAUAGCUAUAAUAGACGCAUUAUACUGUUUUUGUUUUCUAUAUUUGUUUUAAAUGUAAUGUAAAGUUGUGCAUGAUGGUUAUGCCUGCAACUUGUUAGAUGUACAGUUUGUUAGCCAUAACCUCAAUUCACCAAAAACAAAAUCUAAGCACCUUUUCCUCUGUUUAAAAGCACAUGUAAUUGUUUUUUUAAGUGAAACAUUUUUUGCAUAACAACUCAUCCAUGGUUUGUUUAAAUAUAAUUUUAGAAGUCAUCUUUAAAAUUUGUUGCCUGGAUUUCAACACACUGAUUUCUGCAAUAUAAACAUAAUGCUUUAAGUAAAAUUAUGGUUAUUUUAACACUU